GAGCGAAAACAACGAUUGGCGCUUAGCUUUGGUGGCUCGUGCUUUAGACGAAGACAAUAUCGCUCAAAAAUGCUGACUCGGGAUAACUUGCAGUUCUCAGCGGAAGGUUUGCACAGAUGACAAACUGACAACAUAUAAACGCACUGAAGCUGAUCGGCAGUGAUUAGUAGCAGUUCAGAGUAUCGCCAAUACGAAUAUGCUUCUUAGGCGAGUGUUGGGAAUUUUUUUGCUGGUCACUUCGGGCGGCGAAUGUGCUAAAAUUCUUGGAGUCAUUCCGACCGGCGGGAAAUCGCAUCACUUCGUUGGAGCAUCCUACAUGAAAUUGCUGGCCAAAGCGGGCCACGAUGUGACGGUGAUUGCUGCUUUUCCGGAGAAAAAUGCUCCCAAAAAUUAUCGUAACAUUGAACUGACCGGUGUCGUGGAGGCGAUGUUUGAACAAAUGGGUAAUCCAUUCGACUUCAAAGAUGUAUCGCCGCUGCUCAACACAGUUCUUAUAUACACCACGUUUGGAAAGUUUUCCAGCGAAUAUACUUUAAACCACCCAAACGUGCAACGUUUGAUGAACUCUGGUGAAACAUUCGACAUUGUUAUAGUUGAGACGUUUCUCACGGAAGCCAUCUACGGUUUAGCACAGCACUUCAAUGCUUCACUAAUCACAUAUUCGCCCUUCGGGAGCUCGCUGUGGACGGCGGAACUUACCGGGAGCCCAACGCCGACUUCGCAUAUUCCUAAUUCCUGGUUGUACUAUGACGACAAGAUGACUUUCUACGAACGGCUGUGGAAUGUAGUUCUAAAUUGGUGGGAUAACUUAUUGUACCGUGGAGUUCAUUUACCAAGCCAGAAUGCGAUCUACCGGAAAGCUUUUCCUAACGCACAAAUAACUUUUGAGCAGCAGAUGAGGAGCGUCUCACUGGUGCUGUUGAAUGAUCACUUUAGUUUGGGAUCAAUACGACCCUAUUCACCGAAUAUGAUUGAAGUUGGGGGAGUACAAAUUGAAGAUGUUAAACCUCUACCUAAGGAUAUCGGAAAGUUUCUCGAUGAAGCCACAGAUGGUGCCAUAUACUUCAGCAUGGGAUCGUAUCUGAAAUCUACUGAUUUGCCUAGAGCCAAAAGAGACGCAUUCAUCAGAGCAUUCUCGCAGCUUAAGCAGCGGGUCCUUUGGAAGUUCGAAGAUGAUACGAUUCCUCAAAAACCGGACAAUUUGCUUAUCAAACCAUGGCUGCCCCAAAACGACAUAUUGGCACAUCCAAACAUGAAACUUUUUAUCACCCAUGGAGGACUGCUGGGAACCACCGAAGCUCUCUUCCAUGGUAAACCCACCGUCGGAAUUCCUAUCUUCGGCGAUCAGAUGAUGAAUGUCCGCCGAGCAACUCGGCUGGGAUACGGGACAUUGUUGGAUUUGAACGACGUUACGGAACAGAGCGUACUGGCCGUGAUUGAUGAAGUCCUGAAUAACACACGCUACAGCGAAACUGUUCGACUUAUCUCCCAGCGUUAUCACGACAAACCGAUGACGGCAAAACAAACGGCACUGUACUGGAUAGAGUACGUGAUAAGGCACCGCGGCGCUAGUCAUCUUCGCUCACCGGCGGUCGAGCUUGCAGUAGUAGAAUAUAAUCAGCUGGACGUACUCUCGGUACUAGUCCUUAUCAUGGGUGUGAUUGUGUUUGUUAGUUUUUGGGUGUUGCGAUUUGCUUGCCGAAAAUUACGAGCACCAUCGAUAAUUUCGAAUAAAAAAAUAGACUAAAGAGCGUUCGCAAUCGAACUUUUCAUGACCUUUCGUGUAAUCCACGCUCGGGUGACAAAAAGAUAAGCAAGCAUAUUUAUUCCUAAAUUAAAAUUUUAUUCAGCAAACAGUGUCAGUUUUGGGUUCAAAAUGGUCAC